UCUUUUUGUGGCUUAAAUCAUUACCGUGUAUAUAAUUAUAGAGGAGUUGCUCCCACCACAUAUUCCCUAGCUUACCUUAAUCUAUCCAUCAGCCAUGGGAGACUUUGGCCCACCCGUGCCGGUACCCGAGACGGAGGUAACCGGUCCUACUCCGCCAUCUUUGAUAGAUCCAGAUGAAGUCUCAGUACUGGUAACAGGGUUUGGUCCAUUCAAAACCAACAUAGUCAAUGCCUCGUAUUUGAUUGCCUCGUCUCUGCCACAGUCGCUUGACCUUGCUUCGGCGAAGCCGUCUGGAUCUGGGACUGCUUCUCGUCGGAUCUCAAUUCAUGUGCAUCCAUCUCCCAUUCCCGUCGCCUACUCAACAGUGCGAACAACCAUUCCAGCCAUCCUAGAGGAUUACACCAAGUCCCAUGGAGGUCGACGACCAGAUAUCGUGGUUCAUAUGGGAAUAGCGGCCACAAGAUCUUACUACUCGAUUGAGACCAAGGCACAUCGAGAUUCUUACCAUUUGUCUGAUAUCAAAGGCAGAAUCGGCUAUGAAGAUGGAGAGAAGGUAUGGAGGGAGCACCAGCUCCCGCCAGUCCUCCAAGCUGGUCCUGCAUCGGAUUCCACGGACGUAGUACAGAAAAACCUCCAUCCCCAACCACCCAAUGACGACUUUCUCAGCACGUGGAAGUCAUUCGUAUCUCCCGAAGCGGACGUCCGGAUAUCAGAGGACGCUGGACGCUACCUCUGCGAGUUCAUCUUUUAUACAAGCCUGGCACAGGCAUUUCAACAAGGUCAGCACCAGAACGUCGUGUUCUUCCAUGUGCCUGGAUCUUGCGCCGACGAGGAUAUCGAGAAAGGCACGGAUAUUGCGGCUGGACUGAUCAAAGCUCUUGUAACAUGCUGGGUUAGCGGGCAGGCAUAGAGCGGCAUGCUGAUUGCUAGUAUCUUUAUACAAAGCGAAAUCAUGUGCACUGGACAAUAUAUAUACUUGCAUUUCUAGGGCGCGGUGCACUAUCUAGGUUCCGGAUGCACUUUUAGUUGCAGUCACUCGAUUCCUCGAGUGAUCAUUUGUUUAUAGGGUACUACUGCCCCCGGUCUGUCUGGGUAGAGUCAUACAUGUUUAUUGGGAUUUGGAUACACUAUUUA